CGGUGGAGGCGGUGGCAGCGGUGGCGGCGGGCCUGGCCCUGGGAUGGCGAUGUUCCGCAGCCUGGUGGCCUCGGCUCAGCAACGGCAGCCGCCAGGCGGGCCGGCGGGCGGCGACAGCGGCUUGGAGGCUCAGUUCAGCUGCCCCAUCUGCUUGGAGGUCUACCACCGGCCGGUGGCCAUCGGCAGCUGCGGCCACACGUUCUGUGGGGAGUGUCUCCAGCCGUGUCUGCAGGUGCCGUCCCCCCUCUGCCCGCUCUGCCGCCUGCCCUUCGACCCUAAGAAGGUGGACAAGGCCGCCCAUGUGGAGAAGCAGCUCUCGUCCUACAAGGCGCCCUGUCGGGGCUGCAAUAAGAAGGUGACGCUGGCCAAGAUGAGGGUACACAUCUCCUCCUGCAUGAAGGUCCAGGAGCAGAUGGCCAACUGUCCCAAGUUCGUCCCCGUGGUGCCCACGUCCCAGCCCAUCCCCAGCGCCAUCCCCAACAGGUCCACCUUCACCUGCCCUUACUGCGGUGCCCGCAACCUGGACCAGCAGGAGCUGGUGAAGCACUGUGUGGACAACCACCGCAGUGACCCCAACCGCGUGGUGUGCCCCAUCUGCUCGGCGAUGCCCUGGGGUGACCCCGGCUACAGGAGCGCCAACUUCCUGCAGCACCUGCUCCACAGGCACAAGUUCUCCUACGACACCUUCGUGGACUACAGCAUCGAUGAGGAAGCUGCCUUCCAGGCCGCCCUGGCCCUGUCUCUCUCCGAGAACUGAAGGCGUAGCCCAUCACUGGGACUGAGGCCUCCCGCCUCAAGGCUGUGCUGGCUCUGUGUGGCCCAGCGCCUGCACGGGAGCGCGCCUCGGGGGCCAGGUGGAGCCUCUGUCAUUGCAGGAGGAGGGGUCCCUGAGCCUGCCAGAGGCUGGAAGAGACCACCGUCUGCUCUCCAUCAGAGGACGGCCGCCUGUGCUCCUGGCCGAGCGUCACUAGGUUCUUCGGUGCUUCAGGCCAAGUAGGCGGCCCUCGCAGUGCCAGCCCAUUGGGACUGAGAGCAGUCGGCUGUCUGUCUCAAAGCCAUGAUGUCCUCCCAUGUGGGGAGGCCCCGCUGCUGAGCAGGGAGGCGCUGGAGGGAGCCAGGCCAACCCCCGGCCUCAGCCU